AUGACGGCGGAGGAGGUGUCGAACGUACACAUCAAAGAGAAUUCUGAUAACGGCGCCGAGGAUCGUCACAAGAUCGUUACGGAGCAUUGCAAUGGCGAUGUUCGCGGUAAAGAGAUUUCCGAGAACGGCAAUGACGGUGGAGAAGUUAUUUCUGGUUCCGUUGAUUCAGAUCCGAUCGUUACCGUUGACGGUAACGGUGUUGCGUUGGAGGAUCACAAGGUGGAAGGUGAAUCUCAUAUUAAUGCUAUUACUGAAGAACCUUGUGUAGUUUCUAAUGGUUCUGUUGACGAAACGACGAUAGUUGAUGUCGUUGAACGGGAAGGAGAGAUUCGUCAUAACGGUACGGGAUCUGAUGUGAAUAACGUUCAUGUUACUGAUACUGUUGCGGAGGUUGAGGAUCGUGAAUUGGAGAGUGUUCAAAACGGUGCCGUAGUAGAGGAGGAAGAAUUGAAGGUUGAGGAUCAGGAAUUGGAGAGUGUUCAAAACGGUGCCGUAGUAGAGGAGGAAGAAUUGAAGGUUGAGGAUCGGGAAUUGGAGAGUGUUCAAAAUGGUGCCGUUGUAGAAGAGGAAGAAUUGAAGGUUAAGGAUCGUGAAUUGGAGAGUGUUCAAAACGGUGCCGUAGUAGAGGAGGAAGAAUUGAAGGUUGAGGAUCGGGAAUUGGAGAGUGUUCAAAAUGGUGCCGUUGUAGAAGAGGAAGAAUUGAAGGUUAAGGAUCGUGAAUUGGAGAGUGUUCAAAACGGUGCCGUUGUAGAGGAGGAAGAAUUGAAGGUUAAGGAUCGUGAAUUAGAGAGUGUUCAAAACGGUGCCGUUGCGGAGAAUGAGAUUGGCGUUGUUGCUGACGUGAACAAGAGUGAUCGGGAAUUGGAAGGUAUAGCUGUUGAAAACGGUGCGGUGGAUAGGGAUGGAGAGGGAGAAGUUAAAGAGGUCGAGAUUCCUGUUGUUGUUGAGGAAGUUGCUGUUGCUGCUUCUACAGAAGCUCUGGAGUCUGCUGAUUCUGAUGUGGUGGGAACAACCGAAUCUAAAGACGGUGAAAAAGUGGAGAGUGGGAGUGUUGUUGGUGUAGAUGUUUCGGGUGAGAAGAACAAAGUUCACGAUACUGACUUGGAAAGUGAAGUUGGUGGUGAAGUGAGUGAAUCAGCUGAGAAGAACGAAAUUCAUGACGCCGAGUUGAAAAAUGUAGUUGAUGCUGAUGUGAGUGAAUCAGCUGAGAAAAACGAAAUCCAUGAUGCUGAGUUGGAAACUUCAGUGAAUGCUGAAGUGACUGAAUCAGCUGAGAAAAACGAAAUACAUGAUGCUGAGUUGGAAACUUCAGUGAAUGCUGAAGUGACUGAAUCAGCUGAGAAAAACGAAAUUCCUGACGUUGAAUUGGAAGCUGUGGUUGAGGCAGAAGUGAGUGAGUCGGCUGAGAAGAACGAAAUUCCUGAUGUUGAAUUGGAAAGUGUGGUUGAUGCUGAAGUGAGCGAGUCAGCUGAGAAGAAUGAAAUUCCUGAUAUUGAAUUGGAAACUGUGGUUGAUGCUGAAGUGAGUGAAUCAGAUAAGAAGAACGAAAUUCCUGAUGUUGAAUUAGAAACUGUGGUUGAUGCUGAAGUUAGUGAAUCAGACGAGAAGAACAAAAUUCCUGAUGUUGAAUUGGAAACUGUGGUUGAUGCUGAAGUGAGUGAAUCAGUUGAGAAAAACGAAAUUCCCGUCCACGAAAAUGGAGCCAAUGAUAAUACCAAUGUGGAGGAAUGUGCAGUUGAAGAUAGUCAAAAUGGUUUAGAGAAGCUAUCGAAUGAAUCUGUCUCUGUUACUGUUGUUGAAAACGGUUUGGCCGAGGUUGAGGUGAGCACUGAGGGGAAAGCAAUUCCAAGUGAUAUCAGUGAAUUGGAAAGGUCUGUUGAGAUAUCAGAACCUCAAGUGGAUCUUCAAGGUAAAGAUUUAGCAGAAUUAAUCAAGUCAGGGACUUCUGAUGAUGCUGACGAAGGUGUAAUUCAAAACCAACCUUCUGUUGAUUUGAAUAACAUUGAAAAAGAGAGUGAGGCUGAAGCUGAACCUUCUGAUAAUGCUGUCAAGGGUGAAGGUGGAUCUAUUGAGGUGUCUGAGCCUGAGAUGAAAAAUGAUGCAAUUGGUAGUGAAGCUGAACCUUCAACUGAAACAGUGGAGAGUGAAGCUGAAGUUUCAAACAAUGUGAUGCAGAGUGAGGCUGAUCCUUCUCUUCAGGUGCAAGAUUUGAAAACUGAUGUUGUGGGUAGUGUAGCUGAACCUUCAGUUGAAGCUGAAACUUCCACUGAAGAGAGCAAACAGACCAAUGAAGAUUUGAAAACAUCCCAAGAAGCAUCUGCCACUAAACCUUCAGUUGAAGCUGAACCUUCAGCUGAAGAGAGCAAACAGACCAAUGAAGAUUUGAAAACAUCCCAAGAAGCAUCUGCCACGGAUGCUUUGGAUGCUCAGAAUAUGGUCACUGAGGUGGUGAGAAAGCCCUUCUAUUGGUUGAUCCGGGUUCCCAGAUAUGAUGAUGAUGAAAAUAUAAAAGAGCAGAUUCAACAUGCUCUUCAACAAGUGGAAGAGAAGACUAAAAUCCGUGAUGAAAUUCGAGCUGAAAGCCAGACUAAAAAGGCCAGUUGUAAAGAGUAUGGGCAAGAAUUUAGAGCAGCAGUACAAGAAGAGAGAGCUGCUAGAGAUUUGCUCAAAUCCAAACGGCAGGAGAUGGAUUCAGUUCAAUCCACCAUGAAUAGAUUAAAUAAUGCAAUUUCUGUAGGGGAUAUCGAUAGCAAGAUUAGAAACAUGGAACACAUGAUUCAGCAUGAAACUCUGCCUCUAAAAGAAGAAAAGCAAUUGAUACGCCAAAUUAAACAAUUGAAGCAGAGUCGCGGCGAGCUGUCUACUAUUAUAGCAAAACAGGAUCAAUCACAAUCUCUUGACGAAAAAGACAAUAUUGAAGAGCAGUCUAAGCAAUUACAACUCUUGAGGAAGGAUUUAGAUGUGCUUAGAAAUAAUGUUCUGAAGGCAGAAGCAAUAACUAAAGCAGCAAAGAAGAAAUAUGAUGAAGAAAGUAAUCAAGUGAGUGAGGUUCUGAUUCGAUUUAAGACUGCUGAUGACGUUCGUCAAGAAGCUUUUGUCAAGCUACAGACUUUGAAAAGGAAAUUACAUGAGAAGAGCAAAUAUUUUUGGGAAUACAAAAAUGCUUCAAUUAAAGCACAAGAACUAGCAGCACAAGGGAAGAAAGAGGAGGUGCAAAGCUUAUGUAUUGAUGAGGCUGAGCGAAUACAUGAGAUGUGGAAGAAUGAUGAGUUCAGAAGGAACUAUCUCCGGUGCAACACCAGGAGUACACUGAGGAGACUGCAAACUUACGAUGGCCGAAUGCUUGGUCCUGAUGAAGAGCCACCAGUGAUUCCUAAUAACUUCAUUGAAAGGGCUUCCAAAAAUGAUUCUUUGGUCUCGCGAUCAAUUCCUGAACAACAAAUGAAAUCAAUACCAACAGAAUCUGUUACUGUUAAUGCAAAGGAUGAACCUGCUGCCAAGGUUGUGGUACAAAAACCUGAAAUAAGUCAGACAACUAGUGCUAAAAAGCCCGCAAAACCUGCUCCUUCAGAGAAGAAGUCAGCAGUUCCAGUUCGUCGUUGGGGGGACGAGUCUGAUGAAGAUAAGGAACCUAAGGAACCUGUGAGAACAAAGGAGGAAGAGGAGCGAAUCUUAAAGGCUGAAAAGGCAAGGAAGGAGGAAGAAGAAACAAAGCUGAAAGAAAUGAAAAGGCUAGAGGAAAUUGAGAAAGCUAAGGAGGCACUCCAAAGGAAAAAGCGCAAUGCAGAGAAGGCCCAACAAAGGGCUCUCUUUAAGGCCCAAAAAGAAGCUGAGCAAAAAGAGAAGGAAAGGGAGAAAAGAGCAAGGAAGAAGGGAAAGAAAAAAGCAGUUUCUACUGAAGAUGCUGUGGAGAAAAUAGAACAAGAGUCUGCAGCUUCUCCUAGCACUGAAACUCUGACAAGAACUCUAGAAGAAUCUGAUCAGAGUGAGAAACCAGUUGAGGUAACAAAAAGGUCAGUAAAACCAUCUCAAUUCAUAAAGCAGAACAAGGUGAAAUCUCUACCUAUGUCUAUCCGCAACCGAGGAAAGAGACGAAUUCAACCAUGGAUGUGGGUUGUAAUUGCAGUUCUGGUUAUUGCUGCCUUGUUUUAUAUUGGCAAUAACAGCUCCUUGAGAUCCUCGUUUCAAAGCUUUGGUUUCUGA